AGAGUGCUUCACAUAGACGACGCACCUGUGCCACAAGACAAGCCUAUUUCUCUUUCAACUCAAUCAUCCAAUAUUGAGCUCCAUCCACUCGUAUCUCGCUAUCUCUCCCUCUCUCUACUCUCUCAGAUCGCUCUCUUCGGAGCUCGGAUCUUCAUCUUCUUCGCCAAUGGCUGCCGUAUUCGAAACCCUAACUGUUCCUCGCUGUUCUGCUCUGCCUUCCCGCGCUCUCUCUCCGAUUACAACCUCUUCGGCUUCUUCACUCGCCGCCCGCCGGGCCUUGCCGCAGGUCAGAGGCCUCAAGCUCGCCCCCACUCGCUCUCUAGGAUCGGUUAGUUCCGCUCCUAGUUCGAGAAUUACUCGUCGCGGUGGACUCGUCGUCUGCGAGGCUCAGGAUACCGCUGUUGGUGCGGCUCCUGUAACCGACGCAUCGUGGAAGUCCCUUGUGCUUGACUCUGAAUUCCCUGUGGUCGUUGAAUUCUGGGCACCCUGGUGCGGGCCUUGCCGUAUGAUUCACCCUAUAGUUGAUGAAUUGGCAAAACAAUAUGCUGGAAAGGUCAAAUUCUUCAAAGUAAACACUGAUGAGAGCCCUACAAUCGCUACUCAGUAUGGUAUUCGAAGCAUCCCAACUGUUAUUAUGUUCAAGAAUGGUGAGAAGAAAGAGGCAAUUAUUGGCGCUGUUCCCAAAUCCACUUUAACCACAAGUAUAGAGAAAUUCUUGUAGAAGUGCUAAUGUAGAAUAAAGGAGAUCAGAUUGGAUAGCUGUUGAAAGUGGAGCAGAAGAUGGGGAUUGUUUGGGUGAAGUUUUAUUCUAGGACGAAAAACCAAUGAUCUUUCUGGUCUUCAGACAAAUUCAGAAACAGCUUAAAAGAGUAUAAAGCUGACCACUAGGGUGCUGAAUAUUAUGGAGUGAUUAAACUGAUAUUUGUUCAAGACUUCAAUUGCAUUGACAGGAAAGGCUGGACUUUUAGUUUUUCCAAACACGUUUAGACUUCAAAUCUGGACUUUACUAUUAAUUCAAAGAUGUUUAUUAGUGUUUAUAAAAUUUCCACAAAA